AUGUCGCUGAAGGUCCAGACCAGUAAUGUGACCAACAAAACGGAUCCAAAGUCCAUCAACUCCCGGGUGUUUAUCGGUAACCUGAACACAGCCGUGGUGAAGAAGUCAGAUGUGGAGAGCAUCUUCUCCAAGUACGGCCGGGUGCUCGGCUGCUCCGUGCACAAAGGAUACGCCUUCGUCCAGUACGCCAGCGAGAGGCACGCCAGGGGCGCCGUGAUCGGGGAGAACGGCAGGGUGCUGGCCGGACAGACGCUGGACAUCAACAUGGCCGGGGAGCCGAAGCCAAACAGACCCAAGGGCCUGAAGAGAUCAGCGGCCUCCCUCUACAGUGGGUACGAGUUUGACUACGACUACUACAGAGAAGACUUCUAUGACAGGUUGUUCGAGUACCGUGGCAGAGUGUCUCCGGUCCCACGGGUGGUGCCUGUCAAACGCCCUCGGGUGGCGGUGCCUUUGGUACGACGGGUCAAAUCUCUCCCCGUCAAACUUCUGGCACGCAACGCCUCCGUCCUCCCCACCACCAACGGCAACAAACAGAGAUCGGUGAGAGGCACAGAGCUGCAGGCCAUAAAGUCGGAGCUGACUCAGAUUAAAGCCAACAUUGAAGCUUUGCUGGGCAGACUGGAACAGAUCACAGAGGACACACACAUCCCCACCACAGAUUUGAGGAAGGCAGUUGAGUGUAAGAGCGAGGAGGCGUGGCAGGAAGGGGAGGAGUCGACCUCGGAGCUGGAGUAUGGAGAGGAGGAGCACAGACAGAACAGCUACGCUGGAGAGGAGGAUGAAGAGGUGGAGGAGGGAGAGCACACGCAGGAAGACUCCCACAAUCACAUGCCGGAGAACAGUCGUCUAUCACCAGAGCUGGACUCCAUUCAUGCAUGA